AGCCCUGAUUUUCAGAUAGGCCCAAUACGAACUUGAAAUAGAAAUUUGAUUAGAAUGCCCAUGAUGAAAUAAUUUUUCCUGAUUUCUGUAUUUAAGGAAGGUACAACCUGGUUUUGUCCAGUUUUUGGAUAAUUUUGAUAGUAGUAAACAAAUCACCCGAGGAACAUAAUGCCGGAAAUAAAGAACGCAAAAGACGUGCGCCAGGCCUUUGUGGACUUCUUCGUGGGGAAGGAGCACACAUACUGGCACUCGUCCUCUGUGAUUCCCCUCGACGAUCCCACGUUGCUGUUCACGAAUGCCGGCAUGAAUCAGUUUAAACCGAUUUUUCUGGGCACCGUCGCUCCCAACAGCGACAUGUCCCGGCUGGUUCGUGCGGUGAACAGCCAGAAAUGCAUCCGCGCCGGCGGCAAACAUAACGAUCUGGACGAUGUGGGCAAAGACGUCUAUCAUCAUACGUUUUUUGAAAUGUUGGGAACGUGGUCAUUUGGAGAUUAUUUUAAGCAAGAAGCUUGUUCUUGGGCUUGGGAGUUCCUCACGGGUUAUUUAGGAUUGCCAAAAGACCGACUUUAUGUAACGUAUUUUGAAGGCAAAAAGGAACUGGGAUUAGAGCCCGAUAAUGAAUGUCGCGAUAUCUGGCUACAACUUGGGUUGCCUGCAGAUCGUGUGAUCCCGUUCAGCAUGAAGGAGAACUUUUGGGAAAUGGGUGAAACUGGUCCGUGUGGUCCCUGUUCCGAAAUUCACUUUGAUAGGAUUGGUAACCGGGAUGCAUCGCAGCUGGUUAACCGUGACGAUCCCGAUGUGUUGGAAAUCUGGAAUCUAGUCUUUAUCCAAUUCAACCGUGAGCCAGAUGGUUCGCUAUCGCCUUUGCCGAAAAAACAUAUCGAUACUGGAAUGGGUUUAGAGCGCUUGGUGUCUGUUAUUCAGAACAAGAGGUCCAACUAUGACACGGAUUUAUUCAUGCCGAUCUUCAAAGCCAUCGAAGCGGGUACUGGAACUCGUCCAUACUCUGGAAAAGUUGGCGCCGAAGAUACGGACAAGAUAGAUAUGGCUUAUCGCGUUGUCGGCGACCACAUCCGCACUCUUGUUAUUGCAUUGUCAGACGGCGGUCGUCCGGAUAACGUGGGUCGUGGUUAUGUGCUUCGCCGUAUACUGCGCCGCGCCAUCCGUUAUGCAUCCGAAAAACUGAAUGCCAAGCCAGGAUUUUUGGGAAGCUUGGUGGAAACUGUCAUCCAGCUCCUGGGUGAUGCCUUCCCGGAAGUGCGCAAAGACCCUGCGAUGGUUAAGUUAACAAUCGACAAUGAAGAGACACAAUUUCUUCGCACACUCACACGCGGUCGACGCCUUUUGGAGCGCACCAUCGGCCAGAUGGGUGACGGUAAAGUCUUACCCGGUGACAUUGCCUGGAAGCUGUAUGAUACUUACGGCUUCCCAAUUGAUCUGACCCAGCUUAUGGCUGAGGAGAAGGGUCUUUCUGUGGAUAUGUCCAGUUAUGAGGAGGCGAAACAGAAAGCUGUUCUAGUCUCGCAAGCCCAGAGUGUCGUGGGCAUUGCUAAAUUGGAUCUGGACGUACACGCUAUUGGUGCGCUGAAGGACAAGGGUGUUCCGGUGACGGAUGAGACCCCGAAGUAUGCGUAUACAUAUAAUAAUGGCGUGCCGGCCCCGCAAGUGCGGUAUCAGUUCUCGGAAGCCACCGCCACUGUGUUGGCCAUCCGAGUGGAGAAGGGCUUUGUUGAGGAAAUGCAGGGUGGAGAGUGUGGACUGAUUUUGGAUCGCAGUAAUUUCUAUGCAGAACAGGGUGGACAAAUCUUCGACGAGGGGUUUAUCGUUCGUUUGGGUGCUGACGGAAAUGAGGAUAACAGUACGGAAUUUCAAGUGAGCAAUGUCCAAGUGCGUGGCGGAUAUGUAUUGCAUACAGGAAAACUAGAUGGAGUAUUGAAAGUGGGCGACAAAGUCAAAUUGUUUAUUGAUGAAGAACGGAGAAAGCUGGUUAUGAACAACCACACAGGGACGCACAUUCUGAACUACGCUCUGCGAACCGUGCUGAGUGAAGAUGCCGAUCAACGCGGCUCAUUGGUAGCUCCGGACCGUUUGCGCUUUGAUUUUGCUGCCAAUGCUGCCAUGACGGUACCACAGAUUAAGAAAACAGAAGAGAUCGCCCAAGAUGUGAUUGGAAAGAACCAGGAAGUCUUUGCCAAAUUCGCUCCACUGGCACAAGCUAAAAGCGUGAAGGGACUUCGUGCCAUUUUUGACGAGACGUAUCCCGAUCCAGUGCGCAUUAUCAGUGUUGGUGUACCGGUUGAUGAAUUGCUGGCCAAUCCUGAAGCCGGUUACGGUUUUCAGACGUCUGUAGAAUUUUGUGGUGGCACCCACCUGCAGCGCAGUGGCCAUAUUGGUGACUUUGUAAUUGUCACCGAGGAGGCCAUCGCCAAGGGCAUCCGCCGUAUUGUGGCUUUGACGGGACCGGAAGCGCAAAAUGCUCUGCAACGUUCCAGCACCUACCGUGCUCGGGUAGACAAAAUCCGUGGAGCCAAGAGCUCUCAAUACGUUUACAGAACGUUAUUAGGAGAAUUGAAUGCCGUUUUUGAGGAGUUGGCCCGUUCGACCAUUCCAGUGUGGCAAAAAGAUGAAAUGCAGACGGAAUUGACUAACAUCAAAAAGGAGCUUGAUAAGAAAGAUAAAGAGUCGAAAGCAGAAAAGGCCCAGAAAGCUCUAGAACACGCUAAGGAUUUGGUCGGAAAGGAACCGGAUUCGAAGAUCAGGGUAUAUCGUUUGGACCUGGAUAGCAAUUCUAAGGCCUUGGAUGCGGCUGCCAAGCAAAUCCGAAGUGUGGCACCGGAUGCCGCUAUUAUGGUCUUCAGUGCUGACGAGGAUGAAGGAAAGCUGCUCGUUUUGUCGUCAGUAAGCGAGAAGGACGUGGCAAAGGGACUAAAGGCCAACGAAUGGGUGCAGCAAAUUAGUUCACUGAUUGGUGGAAAAGGUGGAGGCAAGGAAUUGUCCGCGCAGGCCACCGGAAGUAACGUGAAGGCUUUGAACCAGGCCAUGGAAAUGGCUAAGAAAUUUGCUGAAUUAAAACUGAAUGGAUCUUGAAUGAAAUUGAUUUUUUUUAAAUACAAUUUUGGGUUGUUAAUACAAGUAACUGGAAUUUUCUAGAUUCGGCGUAACUCGUUGCUUGUCUUUUACGAAAACAAUUUUUUUUAAUUUGCCAGACUUUUAUGUUGCUUUGUUCGUGCUGGACCGCGCAAUGUACUACUGUUCUCUCGCUGUACUCGGUGCACAAUCUUUGGUUAGCACAUUAAAACUACGGAUGUU